AUGAGGGAGCAUAAAGAGCUUAUUGAGGGCCACAAGUUUGCCUUGGAUGCCGUUAUAGUGAGGGUGGAUGAGUGUGAGCAGAGACAGGGUGCUGCUGAUGCUGUGACGGCCUUGAAGGCCAAUAUUGUUGGGCUGCACAAAGAUGCAAACGAGCUGAAGUCCACUGGUUUAUUGAUGCUGUUUGGGAUUGUAGAGAUUCCUGAGAUGCAAAGCACUGAUAUUCCAGCUAGUUUUGAGGGACCUUCGGCUACUACCACAGAUGAUAUUAGAGAUGAUGAUAUAGAUGUCGAGUCUGAGGAAGAGACAGAUAAGGAGAAGUUGGGUAUUAGAGAUGAGGUUGUGUAUGAUGAUUUUGCGGACCUUGAGGGGGGGUAUGAUGGAGACAGCUAG